AUGGGUUCUCACCAUUCGAAUUCUCGAUCGAAGCCCGAACCUCCGCAAAUUCCGAUCAAUCUGAGGUGGUGCAAUCGAGCCCUGCGGCCGUUAACAUCAAUAUAUUUGCGACUAGAAAAACACUGGAAAAUCUCUCCACUACGAGACGAAGAAUAUAUUCGACGGGCAUACGGUGGUGGUGGUGAGGGUUCUUUCGAUAGGAUUCAAAAUGCACGCAGGUCAGCUUCGGGCUCUACCGAUGCAUCUGAUUCGGAAUCGUCGAAGGAAGACCCAACAUGGGUGCCGGGUGAUGCGGUACGAAAACCAAUAAAACAUCGAUAUUCUGGGAGAAGAGACCGCCCUCGUACAAAUGUUCGCUCCAAAGUUGUUGUCAAAAGCCCCGAAGCUGAAAAACUUCAGCCAGGACAAUUAACGAUUGCGACUCCACUAAUACUGGGGAAACGGCGAAUGAUCAAUCCGGAAAAGGCUCCAGCACCUGACGAUGAUAGCAGCACAGGAAAUGAAACUUUUCAGAAACAGAAAAUAUUCUCUUAUUCGAAACAUAAAUCCCUAGGCAACAGCUGGAGCCUCAGUGAAAUCGCGCACGGAAUUGAAGAUACAUAUAACGAUCCAUCCUAUGUAGCGAUCGUGCAAACGAUAUUCUCCGCAUGGGAUACAUUUCUUAGAAUGAGCACUCCUCGGCAAAACCACCAUGAUCGAGGGGCAAAAUCUUUGCUAUCAAUGGCCUUGAGUACUACAUCCAAGUAUAUUUUACAGGAACAGGAACGUGUGAAUAGUCUGGAAGAUAAAGGUGAAGAGACAGAUGUCGCAGGCUUUAUCAUCACGGAGUUGGAGAAGAUGUAUGCAAUGGGCAACAAUGGGUGGAAACCUUUGAAAGAGCUUGUUCGAUCGCAUGGCAUUCAUUUGAUGUGCGAAGCCAUUCGUAAACGAUGGCUUUCCCCUCAGCUGAGUCGGCGGAUCGUCCUGCAGUCUUUUUCUCUAUCCGCCCAUGACGCCGCAGCCGCCUUACUAUCGGCUUUGAUAUCGCUAUCUCCUGUUAUUCCCCCUCCAAUUCGUCUGGAUUGCAACUUAUUUAAAUCAAGCCAUUCGGUUGCAUUAUGCACUCUAGAAACAUUACCUGCUGAGUGGCUUGCGACUAAUUCUAUGAAAUAUUAUUUAACUGCUGCCCUGCAGUCCCUAGCAAUUGGCGAUGAACAUUCAUUUGCUUCGUUGCGCCUUAUUUCCUCGGCAAUACUAGCAGCUGCCGGCUCCAAGAAAUCCAUUCCUGCCCGGGUCUUAAACAGCCUACGUCGGUCAAAACGUGGAAAUACUCGAUGUCGUAAGAUAAUUGCAACACAAGUGGUAAAAGAACUUGUGAAGGAGUUGGCCGGUUUCGUGCUACAGAUCGCACGAUGUCUAGGCAGGGUACGGAAUGAUAAUGGCUUUGAGGCAGCCAAGCGGUUCACUCUAUCCUUUAAUUUCUCUGGCGUAAAGGGGCACCCCGUUCUUCAGAUAGUGCUCAGCAAGGUGGCCAUUGAAGUUGCCCUGAAAUUUGCCGAGGCAACGUGCCUGCAGGAGCAUCACGACUGGGCCUCCUAUAUCCAGGAUCAAGUAGCUGCUUGUGAUUUUGAUAUGGGUGAUCUGGACGAAAUGCAACCGAUGACUCCCUCGUUACGCCGCUCAGAGGCAGGAUUCAGGUGGGAGGAUGGGAUUGGAGAAUGGGUUGCAAAGACGCCGAGUUUCAGUCAAACCAGAGGCUCGAGGUCUACCUCACCACUACCGAAUGAUUCCGACUCCCAUCCCCAGAUUGGUAUAUCUUGUCAUCUAAGAGAGAUAUCGGACACCGAAGAGAGUGACUCGGGGUUCUCAACAGCAUCAACUGAAAUCAAGGAAAUCUCAAGCGUUUCAUCGGGUUAUUCAGUGUCAACCCCCCCUCCCAAGAGAAAACGUUUGUCAAGCACCAUUGACAAUCAAAACUCCAUACGAGUUGCACGAGGUCAGAAAGAUGAACCCCGUUACCAGCAACAGUUGGACGCAAGGCGUUGGAGUCCAAACAUGGAUGCCCUGUCAGAUAUGGACCGGCAACGUUCAAGCAGAGGAUCGUCACCGUCUUCAAAACACGGCACCUCAGACAACGUAGCUGUCGUGAUUGAGGUACCCCGCAGACCGAAAGUAUGCAACUUGGAGGUUGUGGUAUUGAAAGAGCGCAGCGUAGCCUACAGGAAACGCCAUGCUACUGAGCCUCCAGGAGCUAUAUCAGCGACCUUUGAUAUAUCAGACCAAGAUGACGAUGAUGAAGAUAUCCUCAACUAUGCGCCAGUACUCAGCCAACGGCUUCGACAUAAGAUAUCUCCUCAUCAGAUAGCUUCGAGGCAACCCCAAACCUGUCUCAAGGUAGCUAGACACGUUCCCCCCCGUCGCUCCACGAGGCUGUCUUUUACGCAACGUGUGGUACCCUGUUCGGAUGGAAGUGGUUCCAGUGACGACGAGCUAAGCUUCUGCUGA